AUGCUGUCCGUCUGGGGGUCAAACUCGGGCUACGGGUACAUGCUGAUGAGCAAGGCGAGCAACGCGCCCACCGCGGCCACCGCUGUGCGACACGGUGACACGGUGCGCGCAAAGACUGGCUCGCUCCGCCAGACGCGACUCGAUGCGUUUAUGACGGACGUUCCUCCUGUUGGUGAACCGCGCCGUCAUCUUCACGUGAAUUCUCGUCCCAGCGUUCGCUCGCCCGUGUCCUACCCCGACGAGGACGAGCUGCGCCGCCAGCCAAAGCUCGCUGCCGGCCAGCUUAACCGCUCGAGGCGCAAGACCCACCCUCUCGCGCUAGUGCCGCCUCACAACUCGAAACACUCGUCAGGCCCUAAAUCAUCACGCCGGACGGUGGCGUCAUCUAGCAGCCGUGCCACCACCAAGCUCAAGACCCGCUCCGAGGUUCUAGUGCCGCCAUCGUCAGACUCUGAAGCCGACUCGAGCUCGUACACCCGCAAGCCUGGGCGCCAGCCACAUCGCCCAUCUGGCUCUGCAGAACGUUCAAAGGCGGCGUCCACGUCGCGCCCUCCAGAGUCAAACAGCGCCCUCUCCAACAUCCUCGUCCCCCCAUCGUCCGACGAGGAGACGGUGUACCAGCCACCCCGCAAACGACAGUCCGUGGCGGGGCCGUCGACUCGGUCCAGUCGCAAGCUUUAUAACGACUCAUCGAUCAAUGCUGCCGACUACAUGUUUGGUGAGGAUGAGGAUGGACUGGACUUCAUGGACGGCAAGCUGUACGACCCGGACGAGGACUACAGCGACUUAAGCGACGCAGAGUCCAUCGACUCAGCCAUCGGAUAUUACACCGACGUGGACGAGAAGUCGUCCAACGAGGCCGACGAGUCAACGAUGCCAACCUACGACGAAAUCGUGGCUACCAUGAACAAUGAUUUGGGGCAUGGACCCCUUUGA